GACGCGACGAGAGGCGCGCCGCCACCGCCCGAAGAAGACCCGCGAUGGUCUAAGCGCCCCUCGGCCUCCCCUCCCCAGAGGCGCUGCCAGGCCCUCCCCUCUGCCCUCCGGACAUACACCCCCGCCGCGUUUCCUCUGCCUCCCCGGCGCUCCUGACCGCUCCGGCGUUCCGGCCGAGUCCAGACCGGGGGUGGCGCGGCGCCCGCCAGGAUGAGUGGCUCCUUCGAUCGCAAGCUCAGCAGCAUCCUUACGGAUAUCUCCAGCUCGCUCAGCUGCCAUGCGGGUUCUAAAGACUCGCCCACCUUGCCUGAGUCUUCCGUCACUGACCUAGGCUACUACAGCGCUCCCCAGCACGACUACUACUCAGGCCAGCCCUACGGCCAGACCGUGAACCCCUACACCUACCACCACCAGUUCAAUCUCAACGGGCUUGCAAGCACCGGGGCUUACUCGCCCAAGUCGGAAUAUACCUACGGAGCCUCCUACCGGCAAUACGGAGCCUACCGGGAGCAGCCGCUGCCCGCCCAGGACCCAGUGUCCGUGAAGGAGGAGCCGGAAGCCGAGGUGCGCAUGGUGAACGGGAAGCCCAAGAAGGUCCGAAAGCCGCGCACGAUCUACUCCAGCUACCAGCUGGCCGCCCUGCAGCGCCGCUUCCAGAAGGCCCAGUAUUUGGCGCUGCCCGAGCGCGCCGAGCUGGCCGCGCAGCUGGGCCUCACGCAGACGCAGGUGAAAAUCUGGUUCCAGAACCGCCGCUCCAAAUUCAAGAAGCUCUAUAAGAAUGGCGAGGUGCCCCUGGAGCACAGCCCCAACAACAGUGAUUCUAUGGCCUGCAACUCACCACCGUCACCUGCCCUCUGGGACACCUCUUCCCAUUCCACUCCGGCUCCUGCCCGCAGCCAGCUGCCCCCGCCGCUCCCGUACAGUGCCUCCCCCAGCUACCUGGACGACCCCACCAACUCCUGGUACCACGCACAGAACCUGAGUGGACCCCACUUACAGCAGCAACCGCCUCAGCCAGCCACCCUGCACCAUGCUUCCCCCGGGCCCCCGCCCAACCCUGGGGCUGUGUACUGAGCACCCACCUGGCCUGAACCUCUCACGAAGGAACCCCUGGACCAGGCAGGAGGUGCCUCCGUCCGAGCCGCCGACACUCAGGAAUCAUCGAGGAGCACAGGGGAAAGGGCCCCCCUUUCCCCCUUCCCUUGCCCCUUCCUACAGGGACCCAAGAGCUUCCAGAUGAAAUUUUCAUGGACCAAGGAUGCCCCCUGAACCUCCUCCCUGCUGCCUAGACACUGGGGUGCCCCUCCAGAUGCUGGGGCAUUCCACUCCAGCGGGGACAGCUGUUUCCCUUCUGCUCCAAGAGCCUGGAUUGGCUUUAAGUGGCUCAUGACCUUCCAGAAUCUAAAACUUAGUACUCGUCCCCCAGACUGGAGACCUUGGGGACUAGGGAGACUGUGGAGUGUUCGCAGGUCAGGCCUUGGCUGGGGCACCAGGCACUGUGGAUCCCAGGACCUGCUGGGCCUAAGCUCCUCUUCCUAAGCCACCUGUGGCCGCCCCUUUCCUGAGCAUCCCCUUUGCCAAAGACAUUGGACCUCGAGGAUGGGACUCAGGGUGGGGACCUCCACCAGCCCCGCUCUGCACUUCUAGCCCUCAUUUCAGAUUUGAGGGUUAAACCAAAGAAAAGCCCCCAAGUGAGGGAAGCUUUUAAUAUGUGUGGCGUUAGAGAGAAGAACUCAAGGAGCACCUCCCCUCCCCUGCUCUGGUCGGAGAGGAGGGGUGGGUCCCAGACAUCCUUCCCUGGGACCCAUUUCUUCUUCCAUGUACAGGACUUUGCACAACUUUGGUUUCAAAAGCUGUUGAAAAAUAGGAAGACAAAGGGCAUUGUUAACAGAUAGGACCAAUCUCCCCUGUUCCGGGGCGCCCCGGCUCGCCCCGCCCCCACCCCACCUCUUCCCACCUCUUCCUCUCCUCCAGUAAGUUGUCAGUUUUGGCGCCAAACCCCAAAUCUCCAAGGAGACACACCAGGCAAGACAAACCCCAAAACACCCCCUUUCCGGUGGCCUUGCAAACAGAUUGUUCCCGCUGAGAUGGAGAAUGGCUGGUGAGGUGCCCCGAGAGGGUUAUAACUUCGUGCCUUUAGGGGUGAGGGGGUGGCUGUCUGAAGGGUUGGUGGCACUGCCUCUUCCUGACCCAGAUGUCCCCCCAGAGCUACUUUCUUCCACCCCUGAUGUGGUCAAGCAUUGAAGAAAAGGAGAGGUCGAAGACUGUAGCUAUAUAUAUAGUAUGUAUUUUUUUAAGAGCGACAGAGAGAAGCAGCCUCCUCCCUACUGCGGUUUCCUAUUUAUGUGGCCCUUUCCUCCUGGAUGUACCUGCCUGUGCGUCGUGAACUGAGAGAAACAGGGAUGUGGGCUCCUGCUGGAUUUGGGUUUGAUGGGAGGUACAGGCGCGAGGAGAGAAAUGUGGUGGAUCUCAAAGAGUCCCACCCCCAGGGGGACAGGAACGAAGCCAACUCCCACCCCCUCCCAGCCUUCCCAUUUCUGCUUUCUUAUUGGACCCAUCUUUAUAUAUAACAUUAAUAAAAAAGAAGAAAAUAA